UAUAUGCGUUACAAAAAAAUGAUUUUUCCUUUUGUAACAGUAAGACGAGAUAAUAAAACAAUUCUUCCGGCUGCACUAUUUGAAGUAGAUGAAAGUUUUACUUUUGAACAUUUACUUUAUCAGGCAGAUAGUGAAUACGUUCCUGGAGAGAAUGUUAAAGUUGAGAUUCAGGUUAAGGGUACAAAUACAUGGCACAAUGUUGUGUCUGGUAUAAAUGGAAGUUUAAAGCUGUGUACACGAGAAGAACAAAAUAUAUCACAUAUUAGGUUUACUAUUCAAGAUGAAUAUCCUAAAUCCUCUUCAAGCAUUGUUCCUUCUACAUAUAAUGCUUUUAAUGAAAUGAUGAGUGCAGCAUCCAAAAAAGUUUUGCCUGAUUCAAAACUGACAACAAAUCGUAAUGAUCAUUUAUACAAUGAUCUUUUAGCACUUUUACGUAGUAAUAACCUUGGUUGGGAAUAUGGAACACAUAAUAUAGCUGGUAAAUCAUUCGUUAAUAAACUUACCUCUCUCCUUUAUUAUUUGGAUGAUAAGCAUCAGACUCUUAAGUUACGUAGCCUUAAAAUACCAACAUUUUUUCUUCAAUUACCGUUAUAUCAACAAAAUACAUAUUAUAAAAAUGGAUCUCACCAUAAAACUACACUAAAGCGUAAAGAUUUAGAAUUUUAUGCUGAUAAAUUAGAGGAGUGUAUUCUAGAACCAUGGGCAAGUAAAUUAUGUUGGAAUCAGGUUGUAACUGCUAGUUUAGAACUGUGUUCUGUUGCUCGUACAUAUGCUAACUAUUUAGAGACAGUUAACCAGCAUAUGCAAAGAAUUCAACUUGCAUCUGCUCCAGCACGAAGUCCUGAAAAUAAUAGUAAUUUAGAAAUACGAACUCCAUGUGCAAAAAAUGCUAUUAAAGAAAUAUAUUUACCAAUUGCUGAACAUAUUAAAGAUACAAGCGAAUAUGAAAUUAUAUCACUUGAAGAAUUUUUACCUGAAAACAAAGAAAAACGAUUCUUUUAUCUAUCAAAUCUUACUAUCGAUUCUACAAUUAUGUUAUAUCGAUAUCAUCAUGGAAAUUAUUUAGGAACUUUAAAUUUUAUUUGGAAAAUUCCUGAAGAUUUUGAAUUACGUGAUGAUACAAAAAAUGCUCAAGCAAUAAUUCGAACACAAUCAUUAUUACCUCAAUUUUUUACCCGAUAUAUGAGAAGACAUAUUGAAAAUCUUUUAUCAGUACAUGAAAGGCGUCAUAGCAAUAUACUUUAUUUGCCAAGUUUUAUUUCAGUUAGAGAUUUAAGAGAAUCUAUUGUAGAACGAUUAGAAAAUAAGCGUAAUGAACAUCCACUUUCUAAUAAUUUACCAAUUGGAGAAGAAGUACCAACAAGUACUGGAGUUCGAAAUAAAAAAUCUGCUACAUUAAAACAAACUGAGCUUUCAGCAUCUGAUCAUGAUUUUACAAAACUUUCAAUAACUCCUUCAGUUUCAUUAUUUACUAAAAUUCCUGAAGAUCUGACUCAAUCAUUUUAUAUAAUGGCUAAAAUAGAUCCAGAAUUAGAUAAAUCAAUGACUACAAUGAAUCAAUUACUGAAAAGAAACUUAUAUCAAGACUUUGUAAAAAGCCAUUGCCUUCGUAUGCCUUAUGAUGAUUUUCAAAGUUUAUCUUUUAUUCCUGAUCCAGAACCAUUGGAAAACGAAUUUGAAAUAAUUUAUGGCAAACCAACUUUAGAAAGGUUUCGCCCAUCAGCAAUGAACAUAACUAUUGAUGAUGAAAUAGGCGAAAAAAGACCAGGUCAAUUUGUUAAUACAAAAAUUAGACGUACUAUAACAUGUGAAUAUUGUGGCAAAAUGCGAUGUAUUUAUAGUAAUAUUGCUUUAACAAAUAAUGAGGAAAUCAAACUUCAAACUACUCUUGAUGGUCUUUACUAUAGUUGUGGAUCACAAUUGCUACCAGAAGAUCAUGAACUUUCAGAGCAUUUAAGUAUUAGACUAAAUCUUACCUGUGAUUCUCCUAUUGAAUCAACAUAUUUUUCAUGGCGUCUUAAAAGGUUUGAUAUUUGUUAUUGGUGUGGAGAAUCUAUAGAUCUUAUUGAACCUUCUGAUACAUUGAAAAAUGAAUGGAAAACUAUAUAUCCAUUAUGUUCAUUUUGUAAAAAUAAUGGAAAAACAUGGCAUAAAAGGGCACCUAAAAAAUUUAAUCAAUUAAGUAGUACCGAAGAAAGUAGUAAAACUAAUACUACAAAUAAAAAACAAAAAACUUAA